GCCCAGAUGUUGCUCAUUCAAGGCGGGUCUCACUCGAAAUGAAAAGGGAAAGUAUUUUCCUCCCCGGAAUCAUCAUUUCAGGACAAACGCUCAGGACUACACAGCGAUGCUACAGCUACUGGACGUUUAUCACGGUUUUACCGACGUGACAGCUUUUGAAACUGGUUACCAUGGUUAAUACUUCUGAAGGAGAUUACAGGAGUGCACUGAUAUACUGAAGACAGCAGAUGGAUAUGUCAGAAGACAAAAGAGGAACUGUGGGGUCUCAAAGUGCUGAUGUCUCUCAAAUCAGUAUCACUGCCCAGAAUAGAAGCCAUAUUUCAGCACCUGUGAUACUAAAUUCAACAGUCACCGGAAAUAUUAACAUUGCUAAUAAUUACUUCACAGGACCUGGAGAUGAAGUCACAGGCCCUGGAACUCAAAUCAUAGAUACAAGCUCAUUAAUCGCAGAAUACAAGCAGUUCCUGCUGUCCGAGUAUGCCUACAUUACAGAAUACACCUCCCGUGCUGGUGAAGAGGUGUUGCUUAAUGACCGUUACAUUGACCCACUGAUUGUUCAGAAACACAGAGAAAAGAAAGAGCGAGAAAAUGAAAUGCGCUCUAGAGGGAAAAGAUUCUUCAACACCAGAGAAACUAACCAAAGAAACAAAAACAUCAUGGUUGGUCAGCUUUUCGGCCCAGAGAAUGGCUCCAAAAAAGUGACUCGAAAAUCUGUAAUUCUCCAAGGUGAUUCUGGAAGUGGGAAAUCAGUCACUGCGCAAAAGGUUGUACUGGAUUGGGCCUCUGGAGAGCUUUACUCUACACUCUUUGAUGUAGUAUUUCAUCUGCGAUGCAAAGAGCUCAAUGGUCUUUCUGAUGAGAUGAGCCUGGUUGAUCUCUUGGACUGUAGUUUAACUGCAAAUGAGAUUGGUCAGAUCUUAAAGGACAUACCACAGAGGAUCCUGUUCAUCAUUGAUGGUUUUGAUGAACUCAUGCUUUCUGUAACCAAAGAGUCAUUGCCUCCAAAACCAGACAUCAAAUCCCAUCCACUGGCCAUCGUUUGCUCUCUUCUGAAAGGUCGCAUGAUGAGAGAGUCCUUCCUGCUGGUUACUACGAGAUCCUCUGCUGUAGACAAACUGGAGAACAUUCUGAAAAAGCCACAGUGCUUUGUGGAGAUCAUGGGAUUUUCUGAGAAAGGAGUGAGUGAAUAUUUCCGAAAGUUCUUUGAGGACGAAGAGUUUUCAAGUCAAGUGUAUGAGCAGGUGAAGAUACACGAGAUGCUCUACACCGCUUGCUUCAUCCCUGUCAUCUGCUGGAUUAUCUGCACAAUUUUCAAGAGAAAAGGAAAGGACAGAGUUGUAACAAGCGAGUUGACGACAACCACGUCCAUAUUUGUAGAUUUUGUUUCCACACUCUUAAAGCAUCACAGUAGUUUGAAUCAGCAUGAAGAGCUUGACCUCCUCAAGAACCUGGGUCAGAUAGCGGAGAGUGGAACGCCGAAACGUCAAGUGCUGUUCUCUAGAAACGAUCUUCCAAAGGCAAUCUCAGAUUUACCAAACAUUCCCUUCCUAUGCACGUUUCGUCAACAAGAGAGAACUUAUCUGAAGGAGAUGUUUGGGUUCUUGCACCUCAGCUUUCAGGAGUUCUUCACCGCUCUCUUCUACAUGUUAACAGAUGAGGCAGAGGCGAAAAUAAAAGUCAAGGAGCUACUGGAAUCAGCAGGCAAUGGGAGGCGCAAUGAGCAUCUCUUACCUGUCAUCCAAUUCCUUUUUGGUCUCUCGAACAAGAAAGUGAGCCGUUUAAUCCCGGGAGAACAUCCAAAGUUGACAACAACCGUUAUUCGCGCUCAGCUGGAGAAAUGGAUCAGCAAGGUUAUAGAGAAGAACAUCAUGAAUGCAUUCUACAUGAGUGAUUUCAUUCUUCAUUGUCUGUAUGAACUUCAUGAUAGGGACAUACUGAAGAAUGUCAUGAAGCUGUGGGAACGCUCAGGUAUUAACAUACACUGGUCUUUGAAGGGGGUCGACUGUCAGGUUGUGAUGUACUGCCUCCAGUAUUCUUCACGCAUUAUUAGUAUGGAAGUUAAAUGCAAUGCAAAAGAUCUAAAGAUGCUGCAUCCUGCGCUUUGUAGGUGUACAACUUUAUGGUUGUGUUUUGAUUCAAUUUCUGAUGCUGAUGUUGACCUCCUGACAUCAGCCCUGGGGAGAAGAAAGAACGUGGGCUAUUUGACUAUGGAGGAUGGAGCCCUAUCCGAUGAAAGUGUGCAGAAGAUCCUGAAAACCCUCAGUGGACAAACAUCAGUGGGUAACAUUCGACUGGUGGUGAGGAGCAUCAGCAAUGCCAAUGUUGAUUUAACUAUGAACUUCCUUUUAAAAGAGAUGAUGGGAAGAAGUUUCAGUGUAUGUAUUGCCAGUCAAGCAGAGAACAUGGACAAGAGUCUUUGCUCAGAGUUCACUAUGUCAAGCAAAAAUAAUUCUCUCUGGUUUACUGUUGGGCACUCAGAAGGGCAUCAGGGUGAAAUAUCAGAAAAACAUGGUCUUUGUUAUUAUGAGGGUUUUUCAAAAAUAUCCUUUGGUCUUUGUCCUUUCUCUGCAAUACCCAUGACUGAUUUCCUCAAGACUUCCCAUAACCUCAGAUGCUUCUCUAAGAUGAAAAUCACUGAGUUUGGUGUGAAUGUGGAGGCACUACUGUCUUUCCUAAGCUGUGUUCCUGGUUUAACUGAGGUGGAUAUUCAUUCCGAGUAUCUCACAGAUAUUUGGGCUUCCAGGAUUCUGUCCUACCUUCAAAUCAAUCCAAAGAUUUCUCACAUAAAGUUUCAUGUGAGCAAUCUCAUGAUUAGUGAUGAGGAAAGGGUCUGUUCAACAUUUUCAGUCUCUAGAAAGCCAUUUGAAGAGUACAAGAUGCAUGUCAGUGAAAGGAAAAAUCCCUCACUGAGUCUUGCAAUGGACAGAUGGGCUUAUGAUAUUGCAUCUAGUAGCAAUGGAGAGUUGGUACAUUCCCAUCGACUGGACAAACCGGCUCUGGUGAAGCUCAGCCUCAGUUUCCCUCCUCUUGAAGGGUCUAGUGUCAGUUGGGAGGUUCUAUUCAAAAGACUUUACCACCUCAUUCGGUUGACAGAACAAUGCCCAGAGUUGAAUGAGCAUGUGGAUUCUCUGCUGCUAUUCCUUCACUCUGUUCCUGGUCUGAAGGAAGUAAAAGUUUGGCUAAGCAGCCUUAUUGAGAGCUGGGCGGCUCGUCUGUUCACCCUCUUCCUGUCUUGUUCCAGCUUACUUCACUUGCAAUUGAAUACCAGUAUGUAUGUUAUUAGUGAUGUGGAGAGUCUGGGUAUAAUGAGAGCUGAUGGAGUGAGGUAAAACAUCUACUAUAAACCUCAGUGCACUGUACUGUCUAGUAAUCUAGGAAUACAUUACACAAGUUUUGUACAUAUUUUUGCUCCAAUUUGCUAUCUGGAUUCAAUGCUACAUUGAA